GCAAUAUCCCCAUUAUGAAUCCCAGCCAACAGCCAGUUCAGGAGUAUGGUAAACAUUGCCAGGAUAUUCAGACCCCAGACAAACAAAAGAGAUAUUUACCACAAAACAAUAGUUCUUCUCCCCUUCUACAACAUCAAGCAGGAUAUCAUUCUCAGUUUGCAAACCAGAUGAAUUGUAUUCCAAAACAUGCUGCUCUGAGGCAUCAUUUGCUUCAGCGCCAGGAGCAAAAUAAGCAUGAAAGUUCCUCUGUACACAGAGUUUGCAAAGUGGAGAACAGCUCACAGUCUUCCUGUGUGCGUACACCCAGCGAAAACAAAACUACAAAGAAAACAAUCAAACAAGAGAAUCAGCAUUUUGGCCCAGAGAAUGUACAAAAAAAGAGUAUUCUUGAAACAAUGGAACAGCAGAUGAAACAGUAUCCUGGCAAAUCAUUGUUUCACCACCAUGUGUCUACCAUUAGAUCACCAAAGCAUGUGAAGGUGGAGUCUUCAGGUCCAGUGACAAUUUUAACCACACACACUAACUCCUCUGCAGGAGAGCACCAUGUCCAUCCACAUGAAAAAACACCAACCAAGAGAGCAGCAGGCUCUGCUCUGAAUAAUUUCUUAGAGUCUCCUUCAAAGCUUCUUAGCACCCCCGUCAAAAAUCUGUUUGAUACACCUGUAAAAACACAGUAUGAUUUUCCAUCGUGUAGCUGUGUUGACCAAAUAAUUGAGAAAGAUGAAGGACCAUAUUACACUCACCUUGGUGCUGGACCGAAUGUGGCAGCUAUCAGAGAAAUUUUGGAAGAAAGGUUUGGCCAGAAGGGAAAGGCCAUCAGGAUUGAGCGAGUACUUUAUACAGGGAAAGAAGGGAAGAGCUCUCAGGGAUGCCCAAUAGCAAAAUGGGUCAUUCGGCGGAAUGGAGUGGAGGAAAAGAUGCUGUGCUUGGUGAGGGAACGAGCAGGCCACUCCUGUGAAACGGCUGUUAUUGUGAUUCUGAUCCUGGUAUGGGAAGGCAUAUCUCUAACUUUAGCUGACAAGCUGUACUCCGAUCUAACAGGAACACUAAGAAGAUAUGGAACCUUAACAAACAGACGCUGUGCUCUCAACGAGGAGCGUACUUGUGCAUGUCAGGGGCUGGACCCCGAAAACUGUGGUGCCUCAUUUUCCUUUGGGUGCUCUUGGAGUAUGUACUACAAUGGGUGCAAGUUUGCCAGAAGCAAAAUCCCCAGAAAAUUCAAACUUCUUUGUGACGAUCCAAAACAGGAAGAGAAAUUGGAAGACAGUCUGCAGGAUUUGUCGACACUAAUGGCACCAAUUUACAAGAAGCUUGCACCAGAUGCCUAUAACAAUCAAAUUGAGCAUGAGCAUAGAGCCCCGGACUGCCGCCUUGGUAGGAAAGAAGGUCGCCCUUUCUCAGGAGUCACUGCCUGUUUGGAUUUUUGUGCUCAUUCACACAGAGAUCUGCACAAUAUGCAAAAUGGGAGCACACUGGUUUGCACUUUAACCAGAGAAGACAAUCGUGAAAUUGGUAAAAAGCCUGAAGAAGAACAGCUGCACGUGUUACCUCUUUACAAAGUUUCUAAUGUGGAUGAGUUUGGCAGCGCGGAGGCACAGGAAGAGAAGAAAAGAACAGGUGCUAUCCAGGUUCUAAAAUCCUUUCGCAGGCAAGUGAGGAUGUUGGCAGAGCCUGUUAAGACAUGCCGGCAAAGGAAAAUGGAAGCCAAGAAGGCAGCAGCAGAGAAGCACUCUGCAUCCCAGGAAAAUAGCUCUAGUAAAAAUGAAAAGGAGAAAAACUCACGUUAUAAGAAUGCACAUUCUGAAGCUGCUAAUCAUGAAAAGCAGCUAGCAGAACUUAUGCGACUUUCAGGACAGGCCUCACAGUCAAUCUCCAUUGCCAACUCAAGUCGUCCAAACCCCAUGAAUUCACUUCCUCCAACAGAUCCAGAUAACCCUUAUACAAGAAAUCCUGCAAUGGCAGACACUUAUCAAAAUGCUUCUUCCUCCUAUGCUGGCUCUAACCACUCAGAUUACUUUCAUGCUCCUCCAAACUCAGCAGUCUCUUGUGCCUCCACCCCAAUCAACCCUUACCAAGGAUCCUUAAAUCAAGGUAGUCCCCAGUAUCCAUGCAAUGGUAAUAUUCCUUUGGAAAACUGUCCACCUUAUCUCAGUCAUUUUCCUCCACAUCCACAGCAUAUGUUUUACAGGUUUAAAAAUCAAGAACCAGCAGCUAAUCCUAACUUGCCUCCAGUUCAGUCGUUAUACCAGCAGAGGUUUGCUAAUGGUAAGACCUACGGUCACAAUUAUAUGAAUUAUGGAAGUCAAAGCAUGCAAGCUGAGGAUUUCAAUGGCUGCAAUCCUAAACCAAACCCUCACCCAAUGGGAUCAUUUAACCCAUACUCUGUGCAUCGAUCAGAUAAUCACCUAAUGGAUGCAGUCUCCAAGUCAAAACAUAACCUUAGUUCCCCAGACUACCCCUCUCUGAAUAAGAAUGGUGAUUACCCUCACUCCUUUCAGGCUCAUGAAAGCAAUGCAUCCAUAGAUGGCAGGGCUGGCCCUCUGCAGCUCCAUGGUAAGAACAGUGACACGCAUUUACAUGUAAGGAAUGGAAUGCCUGAAGGGUAUCCUGGUCAUAAUCAUGACAGGACUAACGUUGGAGGCCUUGGUAGAUCAAAUGGUGCUAAUGUUCAGGAAAAGCUACCACCGACCUCCACUCCUGUGAAAGAAGAGCCAGAAGAAGUAUGGUCAGACAGCGAGCAGAGCUUUCUUGAUCCUGAUAUAGGAGGAGUAGCAGUAGCCCCAACUCAUGGGUCAAUCCUCAUUGAAUGUGCAAAGCGUGAACUUCAUGCUACAACUCCAUUAAAAAAUCCCAACAGGAAUCAUCCUACUAGGAUUUCAUUAGUAUUUUAUCAGCAUAAAAAUAUGAAUGAGCCAAAGCAUGGCUUGGCGUUGUGGGAAGCGAAGAUGGCGGGUAAAGCCAGGGAAAAAGAAGAAGACUGUGAAAAGUAUGGUCCAGACUAUGUUGCUCCAAAAUCCUACAAUAAAAAAGCGAAACGUGAACCUGUUGAACCAGCCCAUGAACCUGCUGAACCAUCCUAUUUACGAUUCAUCAAAUCACUCACACAGAGGACAGUGUCAAUGACCACAGACUCACAAGUCACCACAUCUACAUACGCCUUAACACGGGUUACAGGUCCUUAUAACAGAUAUAUCUAAUCUGUUUCUUUACCUCAUGAACAUCAGAGUGGUGCAUCAUUUUUCCAUAGGCUAGUUCAUGUGGUUGUUUGGAAUGUUGUGGCAGAGAAGUUACAGUAUUCAUGUAAUCGAUUAUGUUACCCAUCGGUCAAGAAUACCAGCAAAAACAAGACAUGGUAUCCUCACCAUCAUUCUCUUCUUUGACUCCUAUUUGGUCACAGAACAUGUCAAAGAGGAGGAUACUAUCAUCCUAUGCAAAUGGUGUUCCAUUCAAACACAGGUUUUAUUGGAUGAGGCAUAAUGAUAUUUUGUAUUGUUCUCCUUAUCACAUUGUAUAUCUGUGAUCACUUUUGUAAAACAGAUAUGUUUAGUUAGGAGCCAGAGAUAUACUUGCUUAGUGUUACAACAUCAGGAAUCUUACAAAGACCUUGAGGUGCUGAAUUCCUAAUGUGCUAAAUGAUACUGGAAUUGCAACUUUUUAACCUAGGCUAUAUAAUCUUAAUAAAGACCUCCAAUAGACUGAAGUAGUAUAGAUUCACAGAUCACUAUAUAUUUAAUUGAAACACUGAAAAUAUUGGGACAUUCAAAAAAAUGGUGCUAUCAUGAGUGUCUAUUAAUAAUGCCUUGAAAACAAGUACAGUUCAGUGAUAAUACAUGAAAUAUUAAGUGAUUACUUUCUCAACAGUUACACUUUUAAAUGUCAU